AUUGGGGUUAUCAGAGAAGGAAAGGAAAAGUUCUUCAAUCUUCAAUGCUUUAACCUGCUUUUAGGUAUUAUAUACCUAUACAUACAAAAAAAAACAGAUCAACGGAGAUUACGAAGUCGAGGAAGAGGUUGACGUUGGAGAGGAGGUAGUACUCUGUCAGACAAAUGCUUCUGCCGAGUGCCGAAGAGGAGGCCGUACUCAGGUUCUACCUGACCAAUGGAUACCUUCCAAGAUGAUGUAAAUGGAAAACUUGCGAGUGCCAGGCCAGCCUCUUUGCAGCAGCCAAGAUGGACAGGGUUCACUUGUUGCCGAUGCAACUACCACCAGCGAGCAGUAUAAAUGGGCACAAAAGUAACAACGGCUAUGGCAAUGGCAAGGGCAAGGUAUCGUUCGUACGACGUCUGGCCCUGGGUUUUAUGAUUUUGGCUGGUCUCGGGUUGCUCUACGUCCCGGCUUAUCACUCGGCGCAGGGACAGUUUUCUGGUUUAGGUGAGACUCCAUCUCCACAGGGAUCUGUUGGAGGUACACGUCACCUUGUAUCCUCCAUAGUUCAGCUGCGCGGCUGGAGCUACAACACGACGCGCGACGUGUCGACGUACAUCCGUCCUGAGAACAACACGACAGCGAUCCUCAACCCCAGCAACAUCUGCGGCGAGUCGGCCUACCUGCUCAUCGUCGUCUGCUCGGCCGUGACUAACGUCAACGCGAGACUGACCAUCAGGAACACCUGGGGCAACCAAUCCAACCUGGACGUCCUCUACGACUCGUCCGUCAAGCUUGUCUUCCUGCUCGGACUGAGCGGCAACGACACCAUCAAUGACUACGUGGUCGACGAGAGCCACUUGUACAACGACGUGAUCCAGGAACACUUUCACGACUCCUACAACAACUUGACCCUCAAGUCGUUGAUGAUGCUGAAAUGGGCGACGACCUACUGCGACAAAAUCACCUACCUCAUGAAAUCCGACGACGACAUGUUCAUCAACGUACCGGCGCUCAUCAAGGCCUUGAAAGCGCGAGCCAAGAGUACCGGUACCCUCAUCGGCUCGCUCAUCUGCAACGCGAAACCCGUCACGGACAUAAAAAACAAAUGGUACACCCCGAAGUACAUGUACUCGGAGCGUACGUAUCCGAACUACCUGUCGGGCACGGGUUACGUGAUGAGCCUCGACGUGGCUCGGCGUAUCUAUAAAGCCGCGCUGGCGGUGCCUCUGCUGCACCUCGAGGACGUGUACAUAACGGGCAUAUGCGCGAAGAAGAUUGGUCUGAGGCCCGCGAACCAACAUGGCUUCAGUUACAUACCCCGGAAGCUCGAGACUUGUGCCCUCCGCGAAGUCAUCACGGCUCACAAGAUCAACGCUUCGACCAUGAACACCAUCUGGUCGAAACUCUCGGCAGCCGAGGACGCGGAAACCAAUGGCACGAGCGUGUGUACGGCGUCGAAAGCCGUGGAUAAGAAACGUGCCACCAUUACAGCUAAGGUCGGCAUGAAGCGCGUUGGUUACUUUUUGAUGAAGAGUGGCCGAACGUUCAACAAUCGGUGUGUCUGAGGGUGACUGUGACUAUCUCGGUGUGUAAUGGAAUUAUUGUGUGCUUGUGUACAAUAUAGGUUGUACAUCUCGUUACCCUCGCCGAAGGAAUAAUCAGGUACCACGUUGCGUUGAAGUUGAUCUGAGGUGCAUAUUUGUUUAUGAAAUAAGUUGUUAUUGUUACUGCUGGAUGCGAGGAGUUGAAUUUCAAGGCCACUUUGCUAGAGAUUGAUUCGUCAGUUAAAAGACGACUCGUUUCAAAAUAAUAUACGUUGUAAUAUACGUUGACAAAUUUCUUAUAUUAUUUCAAAAUACUUUGAGAUGAGUCGUCUUUCAAAGUUGUUCCUGAAAGAUGUUUUUUUUUAUACUUCUUUCAUGAAUCGUUCUUUUACUCUGCUGACGAGUUUAUCUUGUACGUUGAAAGGGGAUAAUGACACAGAUGCAAGAAUUUCUAGGAAAAUAUGUAAGAAAAAAAUUUUACAUACCAAAUUAGGCUGUUUAAAUUAAUUAUCUUACUAUAGUUAGUAAUAAAAGAUUUUUAAUUAAAAGUGGGGUAUUACUAAGGUAUUAAUGAGUCUUAAUUUGUGCAAUGAAACAAUUUUUGAUCUCAUUAGUAGAUUUUACCUGUUAAAGCUCAACUCCUCUUGAACUUUUCGCUUUCAGAGGACCCGAUAAUUUCGGUGCUUUUAGUAUUGUGGCCAACUUCCAUAAAUGUUCCUUGUUUUUCGACAAAUUACUAAUUUUAUGAAUUUCCAGAGCUUCCCACAAAAGAUGAUAUUAUUUAAAAAGUUUACAUAACGAAUUUUAGCGACGUAUUAUUUUGGUCCCACUGAAAACGGAAAACGGAUCGAUGAUAAAAUGUAAAUAUUUAUUGGUCAACAGUGCUUUUUGAAGGCGAUGUAACGUUUAAACAAAUUUAUUUUCAUUUGAAGCAAUGCAUCAGUAUAAUUUAUUGAUUACUGUUUAAAACUCUUGAGAUACACUCAUUUGAAACUCAGAUAGUACAAUUUUUCAUAUCCAAAUAUACUUUACAUUUGGAUUUAUUUUACCAUUGAAUUUUAUAUCGAUACUAAUACAUAUACAAAUAUUUUUUUAGUAGAUCUGAUUAGAAAGUUAAUCAAAUGUUUGAUAUUAUACAUUUCUACAAGUUUAUUGUCAACUAGGACUUGAUGCAUGACUGUUGAUUUUUUUUAGAACAUUAAAGAACCUUUUAUAUAUCGCACUGAAACAGGUUUAAAAAUAAUUUUUUAAUAACGGACAAACGGUAUUACGUAUUCCAACUGCAUAUAAUUGCUUAUUUUUUACAUUCAUGAUUCAACGAAAUUUUUUAAAAUAAAUCGAAAACUUAUUGAAAUAUCAUCUACAAAAAAGUGUUCAUAAAAUAUUAUUGUUGUUUCAAUGAAAUUGAACAAAAAAAAGUGCGGAAGAUUGACAUGUGCUUAGUAAUGAUGAUAACAACGAUUGGUAUUGCGGUUGUGAGUAAGCCUUUGUUUGACUUUUUAAGAGAACUGUAGCUAGUUAAAAACUUGAAUGCGCUAGAAUUAUAUUUUUUUGAAUCACAAACGUUAGAAGAGUAACUUUUUUUUUUUGUGAGUGGCGCGUCCUUAUGGGCUCGGGAACUGCGGAAACAAAAAAGAUAUUUUAAGUAUUGUGCAAUUUAGUAUUUAUAUGAGGCUUGCCCUAAAAACUGCAAUAUUUUUGAAGAAUUAAAUCCAUAUAGGAAAAUUAAUACAGGUUCAACUAUAGCACAAACUUUUUUCAAUGCUUAAUAGCGUCAUCAUAAAUUUUUGACAAAUUUAUUGUGCCGCGCGUCAAAACUCAUAAAAUGAAUUCUUGACUCAUAGAAAAGCUUUCACCUUCUUCUUUCUCAUCGAAAAGUCUUAGUAAGUAGUUUGGUAUACAAUAAUACCAUGCAGAGACGUCCUCGAGUGAACAAAGGUGACAUUCCGUUUGUAAAGAAAGCAAACUUUUCAAGAUGCUUCCACAUGAUAUUGUAAUAUUUCGUAACAAAUGAAAUUUUCUAUGUCAAUUUUAUUACUCCAAGAAAAUAAAACGAAUGAAAAAUCCAUUGUGUUGACGUUGUAAAUGUUUCAAAUAAAAAAAAAGUGCGAUACUUUAUUAUAAUGCGAAAAUUGAAUGGAGAAUUAGUUUGUAGUAAGGUUUGAAAACUGAUGAAGUAAUUUUUUUUCUCGAUAAACCGUAAGUUUAUUAAAUAUCAAGGAAUUCCUUGGAAUAAUCCUUUUAUGGAGCUUCAAAAUUAAAACGAAUGAUCUUUCGAAGAAGUUUGGAAAAAUAAAAAAAUUUAUUAGAAAGAACCGCUCAUAUAAAACGAAAAUGAUUUCAGUUUUAUGAGAAUAAAAUAAUGGGCAAACAAAUAUACUUUUCUGAGUAAUUCCAAAUUAUCCUUUUUCUUGGCGAAAAAACGGAUUAUUUAUAGGUUUUAUGCAUCCUAGGGGGCCUUAGAAUCUUGUACUUUAACCGAAACACGUUUUUAUCACGUGUGUAAAUUAUCAUACUAUAGAUAAGUGAAGUUGGAGUACAUGAGAGUAUAAAUAUAAACGAAAUUUUAAUGUAGGAGGAAAAACAAUUGUUGAUGUAUUGAGACUUUGAGUCACGAUUUCAUUGAUGAAAAGUAAAAUAAUUUAAUUGUAAUGAUUAAAAUAGAUGUAUUUAAAUAAAUGAUUUUAAUUUUUA